AAAAAACCCCUCUUUGUUCACAUUCUGAAAAACCCUUCAUCUGGUAAUGGAGCAGAGACUGCAAAUUACCUUCUACAAGUUUCUCCUUCUUACUACCUUCACUUCCCUCUAUUGGGUCUUGGCUUCUCCUACCCUCUCCUUUAAUUUCUAUGCAGCUUCCUGCCCAACAGCAGAAUUUAUGGUGAGAAACACAGUAAGGUCUGCAUCAUCCCUUGACCAAACCCUGCCUGGGAAGCUCCUUCGCUUAUUGUUUCAUGACUGUAUGGUAGAGGGUUGUGAUGGAUCUGUACUCUUAGAAGGAAAUGGAACAGAGAGGAGUGACCCUGCCAAUACAUCCCUUGGAGGUUUUUCUGUAGUGGACUCUGCCAAAGAGCUUCUUGAACUUUUCUGCCCAGCAACUGUUUCUUGCUCUGAUAUCCUUGCUUUGGCUGCUAGAGAUGCUGUUGAAUUUGCUGGAGGACCUAAUGUUCAGGUUAUGACAGGGAGGAGAGAUGGGAGAGUGUCUUUAGCUUCAAAUGUGAGACCCAACAUCAUAGACACAAGCUUCACCCUGGAUGAGAUGAAUAACCUCUUCUCCUCUAAAGGGUUGUCUCUGGAUGACCUUGUCACCCUUUCUGGAGCACACACCAUAGGAUCAGCACAUUGUAGUGCAUUCAGAGACAGGUUCCAAGAGGAUUCAGAAGGGAAUCUUACACUAAUUGACUCAUCAUUAGACAAGAUAUAUGCUGAUGAACUCACAAAGAAGUGCCCUGCAGAUGCAAGCUUGUCUACAACCGUUAAUAAUGAUCCUGAAACAUCAAUGUUGUUUGAUAAUCAGUACUAUAGGAACCUCUUAUCCCAUAAAGGGCUAUUCCAAUCAGAUUCAGUUUUGUUUAGUGAUGGAAGAACAACGGUGAAGGUAGAGGAGCUUUCUAAAAGCCAAGAAAGUUUCUUUAUGAAAUGGGGGCAGUCUUUUUUUAAGCUUAUAAACAUUGGAGUGAAGACAGACAAUGAAGGAGAGAUACGUAGAUUAUGUACAUCAAUCAAUGGAUGAACUGAUUAGAGGAGAAGUGUAAACCCUUGUUAGGUUUAUUUGUAUAAGUUUUUGAAUACUGUUAAGAUGAUUAGAUUACACAAGGAAA